GCCUUCCCCUCCUUCUCAGCUCAAUUUGUGAAAGGAGGGAAAAAAAAAUAAAAAUUAGGAAUUCACUCUUUCUCAGGUCUACUGGCCCUUUUUAAUAAGUGUUUAUUGCAGAAUGUUUACUUGGUUUUGAUUAGGUCAACAAAUUGUGCUAUGGAAGAGAAUUACAUAUUUCCUGCUGCUAACAAGCUUCAUUAUAAUUUUCUUUGAUGAUGAAAUUUGUCUUAGUAAGGCAUCAAUGACCCCUUCUUUUUGAUGUUGGCGAAGAAGAAGCCAAGGAAUAGGAUGAAUUUAUUAAUAUUCCCUCUUAAUGACUAUUUCCUCCAUCCUUAAACAGCUGCUAAAUUUGGCCUUUUCAAAGUCAAAAUUUAUUAUCAUUCUUUUCAUGCUUUGUUAAAUAUAUGGCUUUUAAAAAUCUUGUCAUGUCAUAUCUGAAACAUCCUAAAUCUGCUAGAAUUUCAAGAUGUUAGGAUUUGUUCAUGUCCAUGGACUAGUACUCUUUAUUGCACUAUUAAUUGUGUUGUUGGGCAAUCCAAACAGUGAUAUUGUUAGGAAAUGAGACUUUGUACAUAUAUAUUCUUUCUGUAGGUCGUUUUGCAGGCCAUUUUACGCAAGUUUACUUCUAUGUUGACAGAAUGGAUCAUAUGUUAUAAUAGCAAAUUACAUAAAUUAAAGAUAGCCUUUAGAAUUACAUUCCAUACAUGAUUAUUGAUGGAUGCGUAAAUAAACUAUCUUGUUUAUUGAAGUUCAGUAGAUUCUUCAGGUGUUAGAUCUGUAAAUCCCAUAAUCCUGUAUCCAAGGACUUAUACAUGACUGCUGCCACAAGAUUGUGAGUGGAAUAUCUUCAAGUGGCUGCUGGUAGUAGUUGCAUUUUAUGAUUCCUGCUUACUGUACAGUGUUUAUUUAUGUUACUUUUGUGGCAGUGGGAUCCUCAAACAUCAGUAUGCCAUGAAUGGACUUGGCAUAGUUGUAAUACAAAGAUAGGGAAUAUAUGUGUAUUACUGUACAAGUGCUUAAGUAGCUCAACUCCUUGAAUCAUAUUUGUAACCUUUUGGCAAGAAAGAUGAUAGAUGCCUUAACAGUUUGGCUCUUUUGUUUUGUCGGGAGAGGGUGGUUUUUAGUAGCUUAGUCAUCCAAGAGAGGCUACGAAGGUUCGUCAAACCCAUAUUACCAUGUAUUUCAGAUUCCAAAAGAUAUUUAAUGAAUAACUUGGCAAACUCUAUUCUCAAUAUUUGGGUGUAUCCGGACUAUCCUCCAGUUUUAUUAUGUUGUAAUAUCUGUAAUUUAAUUCAAAUUCAACAUUUGAAUGACGACACGUGUUAAAGGCCUUUGUGGAGAUUGGAUUGGAAUGUUAAUUUUCCAACGGUCUUGAUUUAAUGCAUACUUUGGAAAUAAAUCAUAUUUGAUCUGCCACCAAUUAUAUGUGCAUCUUUAAUUUUAUUAUUGUUAUUUCUUAUUAAUCUGUCUAUAUAAUGUGCAAAGUUUUACAUACUCUCCUCUCAUUUCAUAGUUUUGAAUCAGAUCGGCACUCCUAAUUCAAACAAGAAUUUGUGUACAGAUAUCAAGUGCUUUUUUUUUUUUUUUUUUUUUUUGAAGUUACUGUUGAUCAAGAGGCGAAGGUCAAAUUCUGCAAAGGUAAGACACGAUCCUCAUAUCCAAAUCAUUUGUUGUUUGUGUCGAUUUCUGUUUGAUUUUAAGAACCCUGUGUUUCAUGUCAUGUCACUCUCCUUUCACCCUUGUUGAUGCAUAGUAGUUCAUUGUCCAUGUGCUUGAAUGUUGAUCGAUACAAUAUUUACUGGUCUUGUGUAGACUCGUAUUUUGUGAUGAGACGUUUGACUGAAUGUGGCAUAAUUUCACAGUAAAUUGAAGCCGAAUAAUUGUGGAACAUUCAAUGAGACUAGAGAUCUCAGUGAAAUUAUAGUUGGAAUUGGCUUCUUGUUUGCAUUUAUGUUUGUUAUGCUUUGUUUUGGAAUUUGUGGUGAAUUCUUCUUUUUCCUUAAUCACUUUUAUUAAGAUCGCUUGGAGCAGGGCCUUAAUAAUUGGCUAAGCAGUAUCAGUCACCCUAAUGGUUGCCUUCCUUGAGCACAAGUGCUCUUAUGAUUAAGAACGAAGAUCUGUUGAUGGUACUUCCAUCUAACUUUCUUCUCAAUCCUUGGCUAGGGCUGACAAUUCCUUACCCGACUUAAUAACCCGACCCGAAUGUACUGAGAGAAACCCGAUCUGAACCGAACUUAAACAACCCAAUUUGACCCAAAUAUUAUAUUUUGUGAUAAUAUUAAGUUCUACACUUUUUCUGAUAGUUUUUAAGCCCAACCCGAAAUUUGACCCGAACUUUGCCACCCCUAAUCUAGCCUCCUUUAUUUUCCUUUUUUUUGUUGGUAAGAAGAAGGCACUUUACGAAACAUCUCACAGGUCCACCAGGCUUGGGUUAGCGUGCAAGGCUUCUUGGGAGUGGGGAAUAAGGGUAGGGGAAAUCCCCGCCUCCUAGUUGCCCCUAAUGGUGAUUGAUCUCCCAACCUGAUGGCUGUGAAAUGCAAUCCUUACCACUAGACCAAGUACUACUUGGUUUUUCAAUUUAGCCGAAUUGACAGGUAGGUUCUCAUGUUGUGCCUUUUUUGUGAAUUUUUGGAUUAGGAAGGGUUGGGAAUGAAGUAGGGAUGACUAUGGGUGUUGGUGGGGCAUGCAAAAGGACAAAAAUCAACUGUGUUUGUGCAACUUAACUCUGUUAAAAGGAAAAAAGGCUUUAUCUUUCAAUCAUCCGUUGAUAUCAAUUAUAAAUAUCCUUUUGUGGGAUGGGUCUUAGUUUGCUUUGGAAAUCUGUUAUAAUGUUAAGGAGAAACAAUUAUGCUGUUAAGCUGUGUAGCUUUGUUGUCAUUCAUUCUGGAAGAAAUGAAGCCUAGAAUCAAUAGUCUAGAAAGCUUUUUAUUCAUUUUGAAAAAGCUUUACUGGAUUCUGUAGAUAGCUCAUCUUGUUCAGAAUUAUCACAUUUGUUGGGCACUAAUGUAGUAAUUAUGUCCAAUUUACGUAAAUUGAGAUGAAGUUACUUAUCCAUGUUGAUUGAAUUGGGAUGAAAAUUACAACAUUCAUAUUAUUGAUUGAAAAGAUGCUUGGAGUUUCCAUAUUUCUUUUGAUGAACCACAGUGGGUUACCUUACAUAGCUAUGCAUAUUUGUAAGGAUAAAAAAUUUCAAGGUCCUCAUUUAUAAAAAUUCUAUGCCAAUAUCAUGGAGACCUUUGCUUAUGUUUUUAAAGGAUACAAAUCUGCAAGGUCCUCAGAUAAUAAAAGUCUGCCAUCAUGGAGACCUUGAUUGAGAGAGAUAAAUUUCUAAUGAGUUUGUGGGUGAAUUAAUUCAUAAAUUAAAUCAUACAUUUAGAACACACAUUAUUGGUCUUAUGGUCUACAUGCUUUCUUUACUGAUGCAUUCUUUUUGGUCCUUAAACAGCUGCAACUUAUUAUCAAUGGAUGUCCUUCAACCGGAUUCAAAAUGCCCAAGAACUUCAGCAGUCUUGGAUGAUAAUACUGAGCCUGAUUACUUUGGUAAGCUUCACGACGAUCUUCUCAUAGAGAUUCUAGAUAAGCUUCCUAUGGAAGUAGCAAUGGAUACCUCCCUUUUAUCGAAAAGUUGGAAGGACCUAUGGAAGCAUAAGAGGAAUGUUGAAUUAGGUCAAAAGUGGGUUCAGAAUUGUGGUAAGUCUCUUUUCUCAUCAUUGUUGAGAAUUCUUAAUGCUCUUUAGGGGCAAAAUAUUCACUGUAUGAAAGUCUCUCUUCCGUAUGACUGCCAUGUGUCUAGCAUUGUACAGUCAUUGAUGACCUAUGCUAGUUUGAAAAAUUUGGAAGAGCUAUAUAUAGAUUUCAAUGAUAGGAAUGACAACAGAAUCAAGUGGAGGAGGCGGUACCCAUUGGUCGAUAUGCCUAAUUGGGUAUAUAGCCCUUGUUCGUCAUUGGUCAAAUUAAUUCUUAUAUCGCUACAACUAAAUACUCUUCCUCCUCUGCAUUUCAAGGCUCUAAGGGAACUUUAUCUUGAGCAUGUCAAGCUUACUAAAGAUUCAGUGGAGAAGAUUACUAGCAAUUGUCCUUCUCUUGGUCUGCUGAGUCUUAGCAAUUGCAACCCAACUACUGGCCUUAAUAUUAAUGUUGCAGCAAACUCUAGCCUUCUUCAUUUAGUAGUAAACGAGGAGUUUACUGACGUCCGAAAUGCAACUGAGUUGUGUAUUAGAGCUCCAAAUGUGAAAACAAUAGAAUUUGCGUCAGCCCUGCCUAGAAAAAGCUAUCGGAUGGAUGGAACUCUCGCCUGUUCUGAAGCAAUUUUUAGGCUGGAUAAAAUGCAUCAUAGACCCCAAGCAAUCAGAAUCUUUAGUUCAGGACUUAAGGGCUAUUAUGCAAAGAAUUUUUUGGGGCUUCUCAGAAAACUAGCAACUGCUAAAGUGCUUACAGUGAGCAGCUGGUGCAUUCAGGUUCUAUCAAUGGAGGUUUAUAAUUUCAGGAAACCUCUAACCUUUGAGGCCAGUCAUCUCAUCCUAGAGACCGGACUGUGUAGAUGGGAAUUCCAGGGAAUAGCCUACAUGCUUUUGGGUUGUUACAAACUUGAGAAUCUCACGAUUGUCAUGGGGGAUCCUGCACACUUGAAUUAUGACUACAUAAAAAAUGUGACAGUCUGUCAAGUUCGUAACCCUGGAGUACAAUUUGACAACAUCUUGCAGCAGCUAGAAACUAUUGAAUUCAAAUACUACAGUGCAACUUACCAAACUUGGGAUGGCGAUGAUUUCAACGAGUCCCUUUUUUUUGCUGUAUCUGACUUUGGAAGGCUGCUGGCAUGGAAUCUUAAAACAUAUGCAGACAAUCUCAAAAAAGUUGUUUUUUCUACUAGACAGAAGCAUUUUGCAAGUGACCAAUUUCGCAGUAUUGAGGCACUGUCCACAUUCAAAAAGUUAUAUCAGUGUCACUUGCCAUGCGUCUAUCGGAAUCCAACUGAUAGAUGUCAUCCAGCUCUGAUUGGUGUUAAUUUCCACCUAAGGAAUGGCUCUGAUAGGUGUAAAUUAUCCACAUUCGGAAUGAUGCUUUGUGCUAUGGGAUCUUGUUCAAGCUUUGUGCUUGAAUUUUCUUUAGACUACAGACAACGGGUGUGAAACUCUAGUUUCUGUUAUGAUCUUUUUUUUUUUUUUUUUUUUUUUUUACCUUAUGUUCCCUUUCGUGUGUACGAAAGAGUGAUAGCAGAGUUCAUUAUCGUCUUUAUUGAAUUACAUGUCCUGGGGCUACCUAGUAUGUUGUUGCAUAGGAGAAUAGGAGAUGCAAUUUUAUUUUUAAACUACCUUGUAUGUUGUUGCAUAGGAGAUGCAAUUUUAUAUUAAACAAUGUGGCCAUUAGGCAAAUGUUAACGCAUCUAUGGUAAUGACAAUUUUAGAAUAGUGUUGAAAAUUUUAAUACAAGUUAUGCAAGUUAUUUACAGAAUUCUUUUCUCAAAUAUUUCUUCUUUUUUCUCUCUUUUUUUU